AUGUUUUCCCUCCACGGCUCUAAAGACUUUCUUUUGAUAUUAUUUUCAGUCUGUACGCUCAGCAGUUCAAUUAAUUCUCAGCCAACCUACAAUAAACACUUUUGUUUGGAUCAAUCAAAUGAAACCUCCAACAACUAUUACCAAUCCAACCUCACGGUGCUGUUGGAGUCUUUAUCCUCUAAAGCUUCCCAAAACUACAGCUUCUACAACGAAAGCUCUAAUAUUGGCAUCUACGCCCUCUUCCUCUGCAGAGGUGAUGUUUCUAAUAGUACCUCCCAAACCUGUGUAAGCUACGCGAUCCGAGAUAUCACAACUCAAUGUCCAUCUAACAAAAGUGCCAUCAUAUGGUACGAUCAGUGCAUGUUACGCUACUCCGAUGUUAAUUUCUUUGGACAGGCACAGACAUCGCCAUUGUUGCUCAUGUGGAAUUUGCAGAAAACUUCUUCACCCGACCAAGGAAAUUUGUUCGCACGUUCUCAGUUGGGAAGUUUAAUAGCGGGCGUCAAUGAAAAACACAGGUUAUUCUCGAUUGCUAAUCAGACACAGACUAUUGAUGGUAAUGCGUCUGCGACAGGCUAUGGGUUGGUGCAGUGUACUAGAGAGAUCGAUGGUGAUUCAUGCAGAGAGUGCUUAAGUGUCUUGUUAAAUACAAGCCAAAAAUGUUGCGAAUCCAAAAUUGGGUAUCAAAAUCCGAAGCAGGCACUGGUCGCAUCAGAUUCUUGGUGCGUCAGAAGUAAGGCUUUCCGCCAUCAGCGCCGUCUGCUCUAUCGCAGGGCUCCAUACUGCGGUGUUGGCAGUUUUCUCCCUUGUCCUGCCCCUGUUCUGAGAGGAAAGAAGACAACCAAGACAGUAAUCAUUGCUAUAUCAACAAUUGCAUCAAUUGCAGUAGUUGCUGCUCUCUUCGGUUUCUGGUUUUAUAAAUACUCUGGCGGGAGGAAACACGAAGAAGAGAGGGACACAAGCCAAGUAAUUCCGUUUCGAAGUAAUUUUCCAAGGUUACGUUCAAUACAAUUAACGGACAGCGGAAUGCAUGCAAGGGAUGUUGACGACAGUGGAGAAAAGCUUUACUUCGAUUUAAGUACCAUACUGACUGCUACAAACAAUUUCUCUGAAGUGAAUAAGCUUGGAGAAGGUGGUUUUGGCCCAGUUUAUAAGGGCUUGAUAAAUGGAAAGGAAACUGCAAUUAAAAGGCUUUCAAUGAAAUCUAAACAAGGUCUUGAAGAGUUUAGGAAUGAAGUGAUUUUAAUUGCAAAACUUCAACACAAUAGUCUUGUGAGGCUCUUGGGAUGCUGCUCAGAAGGAGAUGAACAGAUUCUAGUCUAUGAAUACAUGGCCAACACUAGUCUUGAUGCCUUUUUGUUUGAUCCAAAAAAAUGUAAGGAACUAGAUUGGGCUAAACGCAUAAACAUUGUCAAUGGGAUCGCUAAAGGCCUUCAAUAUCUACAUGAAGACUCUCGGCUGAAAAUCAUCCAUAGGGAUAUGAAAGCGAGUAAUGUGCUUUUAGAUGAUGAGAUGAACUCAAAGAUAUCAGAUUUUGGCACUGCUAGGAUGUUUGGGAGAAAUCAAAUAGAAACCAACACUAUCAGAAUUGUGGGUACAUAUGGAUAUAUGGCACCAGAAUAUGCAAUGGAAGGGCUAUUUUCAAUAAAGUCUGAUGUUUAUAGCUUUGGAAUUUUAAUGCUUGAAAUUAUUAGUGGAAAAAGGAAUAGUGGCUUUUAUCAUCCAGAGCGUGCACAAAGUCUUCCAUCAUAUGUAUGGCGGCUAUGGAAUGAAGGCAAAGGAGUGGAAUUGAUAGAUCAGACCAUAGUUGAUACUUGUCCUAUAAGUGAGGCUUUGAGAUUGAUCCAUAUUGCAUUGUUAUGUAUUCAAGAAGAUCCAAAUGAUAGACCGACCAUGUCAAGGGUCCUUCUCAUGCUUGCAAGCAAAUCGAUAAAUCUUCCUCAGCCAUUAGCUCCUCCAUUUUCUGUAGGUAGGUUAAUACUAUCCGAUCAAUCUACAACUACUGGGACCGGAACGGGAUUUGUCAUAUCUGAUCAAUCUUCAACAAGUGCUUCUGGCUAGUUAAGAGAUUAAUUGGAGCAUGCUAUUCAACAAGUGUUUCAUUUUCGUGCAAAUGUGUCAGGUUAGGAACAAUAGCAAGUGUACAACCAUACCUUCUAUUUUUGUACUUAUUCU